AUGCUGUCUUCCCGCCUCCUCGGAUCAUUGGCCACGACCAUGCGGGCCAGCAGCGCUGCCUCCAUGCGACCGCUCGUCCUCUCCAGAGCCUUCCACGCAUCAUCUCCCAGGAGGAUCGUUCACAAUAUCAAAACUGCCGAGGAAUUCCAAAAAGCAGUGACUGAAAAUGAUAGAGUCAUCGUUGAUUGCUUCGCUACGUGGUGCGGUCCGUGCAAGGCCAUCGCCCCUAUUCUUGAAAAACACUCCGAGGAAGCUGCUUUCAAGGACAAGGUUCACUUUAUCAAGUUUGAUGUGGAUGAGUUGCCGGCUGUGACGCAGGCUUUGGGCGUUCGUGCUAUGCCUACGUUUUUCUUCUUCAAGGAUGGGAAGAAGGUUGAUGAGAUGGUUGGGGCGAAUCCGCCUGCGCUCCUGGAGGCUUUGAGGAAGAUUGCUGCGUGA